CACUUGCACACAGUCGCUAAGAGACAAGGUAGCACAGCAAUCUGAGGAUAACAACGCACAUUGAGACCAAAGAGGCAUUUGAGCAAGGGAGAGUUACUAGAAAUUUCACAACCAAGAACCUCUCCAGAUUUGUUACUCCUUCAGAACCACAUUCUACGUUUAACCAUGGUAGACAAAAUGGCCUCUUUCGGACAUGCGCUGCUGCGCCGUCGUAUGCUGGACUGCUCUGGGGAGGAAACUCGUUUUGCUCGCUGCCUUUCCACUCUGGAUCUUGUGGCACUUGGUGUGGGCUCUACACUUGGAGCUGGAGUGUACGUUCUAGCUGGGGAGGUUGCAAGAGAGAAAGCCGGUCCUGCUAUCGUCUUAUGCUUCCUUGUGGCUGCACUCUCCUCCAUGCUGGCUGGAUUGUGCUAUGCAGAGUUUGGAGCUCGAGUUCCUAAAACGGGGUCAGCGUACCUGUACAGCUAUGUAACAGUGGGAGAGAUCUGGGCCUUCAUAACUGGUUGGAACCUCAUUCUCUCGUACGUGAUAGGUACAGCUAGUGUGGCUCGAGCUUGGAGCUCCACUUUCGAUAAUUUGAUUGAGCAGAAGAUUUCUACCUUUUUUAAGGCAUCCAUGGCCAUGAAGGUUCCUGGGAAGGUUCUUGCAGAAUAUCCAGACCUAUUUGCCCUCAUUCUCAUCCUUCUACUGACUGGACUACUUGCUUUUGGUGCAAGCGAGUCUGCUUUGGUCAACAAGAUCUUCACUGGGAUCAACCUGGUAGUUUUGGGCUUUGUCAUCAUCUCUGGUUUUGUUAAGGGCAACACAGCAAACUGGAACCUCACAUAUCAGGACUUCGUCAAUGAUACCAAUAUCACUGAACAAGAACAGGUAGAAAGCAUAUUUGGAAGAGGCGGAUUCGCUCCGUUUGGCUUCGGAGGAAUCUUGUCUGGUGCUGCCACCUGUUUCUACGCCUUUGUGGGCUUUGAUUGCAUUGCUACAACAAGUGAGGAAGCCAAAAACCCAAUGCGUUCCAUCCCUGUGGGCAUUGUGGCGUCUCUACUCAUUUGCUUCUUUGCUUACUUUGGCGUGUCAGCUGCUCUUACACUCAUGAUGCCCUACUACAAACUCAACACCCAAAGUCCGUUGCCUGAGGCCUUCAGUUACGUGGGCUGGGCACCAGCACGCUAUAUUGUAGCAGUGGGUUCACUCUGUGCCCUCUCUACAAGUUUGUUGGGCUCCAUGUUCCCCAUGCCUCGAGUGAUUUACGCUAUGGCAGAGGACGGGCUGCUCUUCCGUUCCCUUUCCAGGAUGAACAAGAGAACCAAAACACCAUUGCUGGCAACUGUUGUGUCUGGAAUAGUGGCAGCUCUCAUGGCAUUUCUCUUUGAUUUGGCUGCACUGGUUGACCUCAUGUCCAUAGGGACAUUGCUGGCUUACUCUCUGGUGGCUGUGUGUGUUCUCAUCCUCAGGUAUCAGCCAGGCAACCUGAGUUCUUCCAGUCAGACUGAGAAACUAGUGGAACUAGUUGGUGGGGAGAAAGUGGCGGUAUGUGGAGACAGCGGAGAUGAAUACGGCGUAGAGCUGGAUGACACUCCUCGCAAAGAGAAGUUCUCCCUGAAACUCCUUCUGGUUCCCUCUAAGGACUUGCCGACUGAAACCUCUGGAACUAUUGUCUAUGCUACAACUGCUGUUAUCUCUGGGCUGAUAACUGUGCUGUGUGUGGUCUUGGCUGUGCGUCUGGAGGCCAUGAUGAAUGGCGAGAUCGUGUGGGUGACGGUGUGUGUCAUUCUGGCCGUGCUGUGCUUCCUGUGUGUCAUUGUAAUCUUUAGACAGCCUGAGAGCAAGGAAGCUCUCACAUUCAAGGUGCCUCUGUUGCCUUGGCUGCCUCUCUUCAGUGUCUUUGUCAACAUCUAUCUCAUGAUGCAGCUGGACAUGGCCACCUGGUGCCGCUUCACUGUGUGGAUGGGCAUCGGUUUUGCAAUCUACUUCGGCUAUGGUAUCUGGCACAGCACCGAGGCCAUGAACAGCUCCAAGCGAAAAUACGAGCCCCCUCUUCAGAGCAAAAGCCCCAUCUAUCUAGGUGGGGAGGAGAGUGAGGUGGAGGGGAUUUCUCCCUGAUCGCAAGACAAGACAGACGUUCAAGCCGUGUUAGGUGUCCUGCACUACAUAUUUCCGUUGAAGUCUGCAGAUUUAAUGUGAAAGUCAUUCUUGCUUAUUUAUUGUAUAGACUGUCCCCUAACAUCUCAAUUCUCAAAAUAAUAGCAAAUGUUCCUUUUAGAAGAACCUUAAAGAGUGUUGCAGAGUUGCGUCUUUCUGUAGCAUCCGUUAGAGGUUGUUAUGCUGCCUUGGCCCCCAGUACUGUAGAUAGAUGUCCCUGGGGCAGCUGCUGUUAAUCUCAAGUACUGUAAUGGCCAUAUUGUCUGGUAGACAAUGAGCUGACUGUAAACAGGGUAUAUGUGAACCUGUAAACAUUGCAUUUUUUUAAAGGAUCUAGCUCAAAGCACAUUGGAUGUGCACUAAAGCCUUUGCCUGCUGCAAAUUCCAAAAUGGUCUCCUUCCACCCAUGUGGCAUGCGAUUGUGAUGUAUGACUAUAGGGACCUCUAGUGUUCUAAGUGCAGAAUGCAAGUGCAUUUAAAACAAUGUUCAAUGGCAAUACCGGAAGACAGUAUUUGUAGUCUUUGGUUACUGUUAAGACAAACAAAAAUUCAAGAUUCAAAUGACUGAAAAAUUUGAUGCAUUUUUAGAUUUAAAAUGAGGCUUCUGAAGUUCUGAAAAGUGCGGUUUUUACCCUGUGUCAAUGAGUUCUCAGAGUAUACAAAUAGAAGAACUAUAUUUUGGGAUAAUGGUAUUGGGCAUUAUGGUAUAAGAAUAAAUUAAAGCGUAUGUGUGAGUUUUGAAUGGAUUAUGAGAGAAUGUGCCAGAGAAUGUGUUCCCCAUACUCCAUUUUACAAAAUACAGAUUUUUGUUUCUACAUUAAAACUACAUUAACAUCUUAUAGAUAUACAUUUUACCCAUCUACCAAACGUACUUAAACUAGAUAAAUUUAACUUCAGUAAACUGUAAAAUAGUUAUUUGAAUUCCAGAUAACCUUUAUAAAAACGUUCCAUUUGAACUAGUUUGUGCCAAAAUAGCAUAGUUACUACGAAUAUUGUUACUACAAUAAUUGUGGUAGAAUGGUAUAAACCACCACUGUUUUUAUAAUGAAAUUAAAGGUGCUAUAAGUAAAAAAAUAUUUAUGGAAUAGUAUGCAGAAAAUAUCCCUACUCCCUGAUAGAUAUCACUGAAAUAAUUGUCCUGAGAUAUCUUUGCUGUCUCUUUGACAGCACUAGUCUGUAAACAGCAAACAGAAAUGUGAGCACGGGCCGCAGCCUUUGCCACUUUUGCCUGUCAAUCAUUUUUUGCAUCCUCAUAAUUGAGGAUAUGCUAUAUUCAUAUUCAUAAUAUUUGUCAAUUAGGGGCACUAUUUUGCUACUGUUGUGUUUGACAACCAUGGGAAUACUCAGCUUUUCUGAGCUCUAUGGUCUCAAUGGAAUCUUUGAUCUGUGGCGUUUUGGAACGAGGGUUGUGGCUAAUUCACGGAUGGUAGACCCCGUAUUAAUUUAUGGUUUUAUAACGAUAAUAAUAAUAGUAACAAUGAUAUUUUGGUCAGGGUAAUCUGGAAUCCAAAUAACUUUUGUAGGUUAGGGUUAAGACUAAACCUGACUGACUACCUAAAGAAAGUGAAUUUGAAUGGCCUUUCUUUCAUAUCUGAAGGUGUAGAUACUUGUGAAAAAAGGAUGUUACUUUUUUCACCAAAUCUUGUUUAGUUUCCAUUGAAACUUGUUCUUGGCAGCUUGGCUGUUAAGCUCAUGUUACCUUAUAUCCUCUGUUUGUAUAUUGUAGGGUAAUUUUAAUAUAGAAUACAGGUUUAUGUUGCUCAGUCAUACUUGUUAAUUAUUUUAUGUUAUCUAUAACAGUUGAUAUCUGAUUGAAUUGAUGUGUUAGCCUUUCUGGAUGCUACGAUUCAGCUCAUUCUUACAACCAUUUUUGGUUGGCUGUGCAAAUGAAUUUGUGUUAAAACUGUAAACUAACUGGAGAGCAAUUAGUAUUACAGCUAAUGCUGAAAGACUCUUUAAAAAUUAAAUGCAUGUUGUUUAAAACCAAUAUUAUUUUUGUCUUUAUAUAUGAACGCAUUACUGGUUAGAAACAUAUUUUUGUAUAGCUUUACUAUUAUAUUUGUGUUUCACAAUCAAAUGAAAUGCUUUUGUUUACAUGUACCAGGCAUGUAAAAUUAAACAUGUAACAAAGUGUUCAAAGAAGCAUUUGUGUCGGUUCCCAGGCUUUUACAUUUGGCAAAGUUUUGGUUCAUUUUGGAGAAGUACAUCUCCAGUAGAACAGUGCCUGAAGUUUAAAAUGUACCUCAAAGGUGGCUGGUAGAUAUCUACUCAUACCAAGCCGCAUGCCUUUGAGAUAAGACUAUUUGUGUUUGUUUUUCCGUAUAUAAAUAUACAUUUUGUCUGUCUGGGUUUUUUUUAACUGUAAAUAUUCAUGCCAUGUACAAAGAAAAUUAUCUGUAUUUUAAAGAUUCCGUUGUCAUUCUUCAUUCUCACUUUCAUGUUUUGUAAAAUAAAAUUAUUAUCAAAAUUA